ACUUGUAUGGAGAGGACUGUUGGCCUCUGAAGGGAUAGAGCUGUUCAGGCCCAGCCUGCUGCUCCUUCUCUGCUUCUCUCCUUUUUUCUUUUCCUCUCUCACUCUCUCUUCCUGUCCUGUCUGUUUAAGGGGAGAAAGAUUGGGCAAAUUCCUUCAAGCUACUUUACUUCAGGUUUCUGUGGGAUUUAAACAUGCACACUGAAGUUUUGGUACAGUCCAUGUUGGUGCCGUUGUUUCUCAUUCUGCUCUCUACCGUGGAGGACACUUUGUUACAGUCGGUGAGCCAGGUGGGUGGUGAGUGUAGGCUGUCCGCGGAGUCAUCCCUGCGCCGCUGCCGGACACCUAAUGGCAAGAUCUGCAGUGGGCGGGGCCAAUGUGACUGCGGCAUCUGCAUCUGCGAAGCAAGAGAUCCAGGGAAGUUCUUUGGACCACACUGCGAGUGCCAUGACUGGGUGUGUGCCACAUAUAACGGGAAAACGUGCAAUGACCGCGGCUACUGUGACUGUGGGAUGUGUGAGUGUGAUGACGGCUGGUCCGGAGAUGCCUGCCAGUUCCAGGAGGAGUGUAACCUACCCAACAAGAAGAGCAAAGAGCUCUGCAAAAACCCUCAGGGGGUGGUGUGCUCCAACAGAGGCACCUGUCAGUGUGGCAGCUGUAUGUGUAACAGCGAGGACAACAGGGGUCUGGUGACGGGACGUUUCUGUGAGUGUGAUGACAGCGAGUGCCUGGAAGAAGACACCGGAGAGGUGUGUGGAGGCCACGGCCAGUGCUACUGUGGAAACUGUUACUGUGCUGCUGGUUGGCAUGGAGACAAAUGUGAAUUCCAGUGUGACAUCAGCCCAUGGGAGAGCAAGCGAAGAUGCACAUCUCCAGAUGGCAAAAUCUGCAGCAACAGAGGUACCUGUGUGUGUGGGGAGUGUAGCUGCCACGAUGUAGAUCCCUCAGGCGACUGGGGAGAUAUUCAUGGAGACACAUGCGAGUGUGAUGAGAGAAACUGUCAUGCAACCUACGACCGAUACACGGAUGACUUCUGCUCCGGUCAGGGCCAGUGUAAUUGUGGCAGGUGUGACUGCAAGGACGGAUGGGCCGGGAAGAAGUGCGAGCAUCCUCUGUCCUGCUCCCUGUCUCUGGAGAGCAGUCUGAAGAAGUGUCGCGGAACGUCCAAUUUGCCCUGCUUUGGACGAGGUCAGUGUCAGUGUGGACAGUGUACCUGCCACCCACCGGGGGACAACCGAGUUCACGGCAAAAUCUGUGAGUGUGACGACCGGCAGUGUGAGGACAUCAGUGGAGAGGUCUGCGGAGGUCACGGUUUCUGUUCAUGCGGACGCUGCAUCUGCCAGGAGGGCUGGUUCGGGAAGCUGUGCCAGUUCCCCAGGUCCUGUGACAUGAGCGACGCCCAGAGCAAGGAGCUCUGUGAGACAUCUGACGGAGUCGUGUGCAGCGGGAAAGGAUCCUGUCACUGUGGACAAUGCAUCUGCUCCGCCCAAGAGGGGUGGGUGUCCGGAGAGUUCUGCGAGUGUGACGACCGAGAGUGUGACAAACACGAUGGACUCAUCUGUACAGGGAACGGGCUGUGCAACUGUGGCAGCUGUGAGUGCUGGGACGGCUGGACAGGGAACGCCUGCGAGAUCUGGGUGGGAGCAGAGUACUGACGAGAAGAGGACACUUGAGUUUAGAGACAAGAGGACUGGGCUACCCGGAGCGACCAGAGACAGUCGGAUGGUCACCACCAGACCGGUUGGAAACCAAGUUAGGAAGAAGACUAAACGGAGAGGAAAAUUCUGCAUAUGAUAAACAGCAUUCAUUCUUUUAUUGUACUGGUUACAAGUUUUCCUUUUAAAACUGUAAAACUGGGUGUUGUAGGUAUAAAAGAAACAAAAAUAUUACCAUGUUCACAAACAGUGUUAUGUUUAAUUGUUAUAUAAUGUAGAAAAGCUUUGAAGAUGAAUUCACAUAAAAUGAUGCAAGUACAAAUGCAAAUGAUGGAAAGAAGAAUAAAUAUUAAGGUUGUCUUUAGAAUAUGAGGGAUACUUGUUGACUGUACAUUAGAAGUGGACGUAGCCGCUUGGUUCAAAAGCAAAGCCAGUACUGAAGUGCCAACAGCUGCAUUCUGUCUGAUGGCCUGUAGGGGGCAACUCCAAUAAUCGCAAAAAGAAGUCAAAUUGUAUGAAGAAUUGGAAAAUUGACCUGACUUCCAGGUUGAUUCAUUAGCUCUGUAAGCAUUUCCCUAAGAUGUGUAUGACAUCAAAUGUUAGUUUAAAGUCUUGUUCAACAUGGUGCUGGUUUUGUUUAAUAUGGUCACAUUUAGAGUAAAGUUGUCAAUAAAGCAGGGGAUGGUUUUGGGCGGGGACACUUGGGAUUGACAAGUCCCUUCCACAGUCAACAAGGUUAGAAUGAAAUAAGGUGUAUCCAUCCUCCCAUCCAAUAUGGUCAUUUAAAAAAAAACUUGGCAAAGGCCAAACUGUCAACUUAAAGGGAUAUUACGGCGUUCCAAUAUUUCAGACAUACUUUGAUUGUAAAAAUGUUGGAUAUUAAUACAAAAUGUUUUGAAUCACUCCAAGAAUGUCCGAGUAAUCCCUCAGUCUUCAGAGCUCAGUGUGCAGGUUGCUCUAAACUUCAGGUUUGAGACAAUUUUUUAAACCAUGGAGAUUUUGUGACACCGCAGUGUCACGUAACUCCUUAUAUGGUCAUGUAACCGAGGUACAGGGGAACAACGACACGCCCCAGGGUUUUUGGAGAACAAAGUGAGCUUGAAGUAAGCGGGGCCCUAAAGAGACAGUACCUGAAAUUGGUCAUCUAAGCAAGAUUAGAAAGAUUAGGGUUUUUUUUGUUUUUUUUUGGGGGGGGGGGUUGUAUAUCAUGCAAAGCUACUACAGAGGUUUUACAAUUUGAAAGUAUAAAAUUUGCCUUGACAAUAAUAAGGGCACUUAAAGCUCACAAACAAACAGGACAACAAGGCGGCUACGUCUGCUUCUUUUAUACUGUCUGAAGAGAUGCUGCAGGGGUUAAUGUAGGUUUGUUUUUUAAUGCUGGUUGUUCAAAACCUGUAAAGAAAGUCACACACGAGGUGGAGACAGAGGUUACUGUUUGAGGUUUUUAUUUCUUUUUUUUAAUAAUAAAACAUUAAAUGUGCCGCAUGACACAACAUUUUGCAUGGAAAACAAUGCGAAGACCUUAAUCAUACAUGGUUACAAAUUUGUUAUAACAUGACAUAACUCCAAUGGGCAUACUUGCAAUGGUAUAUAUAUAUAUAUUUCAUUUUGAAAAUAAAUCAUUUUUAAAAGUGCCUAUUCUUCUCCAACGGGGGGAAAUCAAACCAAACAAUUUACCAUGAUAACUCACGCGGUACUGAAGCUACGGUCCAAGACAGACAAAUCUCACUCAAACUCAUACUAGUGACAAGGUUCAAUUUCUAGGUGGAGGAAACAAAGAGAGGGCAUACAUAGUUCAGUUGUGGCAUGCUGGACGUCCAUGUCAUUUCAAAAAAGGUGGCGUCAGGGGAUGAGAGCUGCAUUGACACAAGAGCUCAGUCACCACUCGAAAAGAGGACCAAUAAGAAGUCACAAAGAAAAUUUAAUGUAAAUUCUACUUUGGCCUUUUUCAUGCUUAAACUAGCCAACCCCCCCCCCCCCCUGUUUACUUUGUCCCAUCCGAAAUGAAAGGUGCAAUAAUAUACUGCACACUAUAUUGCAUUAAGUAUGUGACUGACAUUACAGUACAGUACACCCUUUAUAUAAAUAGUUUAAUCAACAUGUUGUAUAUGUGUUAUACAACAAACACAAACUGUAUAGUGUAGACAAACUCGUUGCAUAUAUGUAUGUAAAAUUAGCGGUACAUACCAACAGUUCUUGAUAGACAUACCCUACUACAUGCAGUUCAUCGAUGCCAUCCUCUCCUCAUGCAACAGAUGGGACAGUGUACAAAAUAAGACGUAGAAAACAGAAGCGACAGAAAGGAACUUGGUGUGCGAGAAUAUUCUGAAGAGAGGGACAGAAAAACGUAAAAGU